UUUAGUAACUAUAUAAAGUCGAUAAUACAAACUUGACAGAUGGGACAGCUGGCGCGCACCCUUCUCACUCAGCCGCCGUCUCCUUCUCCGUCAUCUUUCCUUCCACCACCGCCGUAGUCCCUUCUACCGCCGUCAUUCCUUCCACUGUAUCAGAAUCUAAUGGGGCCUAGGUGGAAAGGAAAUAGCUCUGAAGCUAAAUCUCGGUCUAAAGCGAAAGCUCUUGCACAACCCAUGUCAAAGAUAGUACUGCAGCUUCAGUCUUCUCUAACUGGAUCGAGUUCUCGAGGGUUCCUAUGCGGGAGCAGUGUACUUGUUGAAAUGAAAGCAGAAGAAGCUAAUCUCCUUGAAUCUGCCUGCUUUGGUGUUAGAGUCAUGGAGAAUAAGCACUGGUUUCAGUUGAGUAUGGAAGAGGCCUUUUACCUAUGCCAUUCUCUGAAAUGCCUGGAGAUAGUUGAAGAUAAGUGCUCCAAGAAUGAUAACCAGCUGUGGAAGUGCAUGGAAUCCAGAAGAGCAUCGUUCCCCUAUUUGUACAAGGCUUAUUCUCAUCUUAGAAUGAAAAAUUGGGUUGUCAGGUCAGGAGUUAAAUAUGGUGUGGACUUUGUUGCCUACCGCCAUCAUCCAGCUCUAGUUCACUCUGAAUAUGCAGUGAUUGUAUUGUCAGAGGAACAUAGUUAUGGAAAUAAGCGACUGACGGAGUGGUUAGAUAUUCAUUGUACUACUCGUCUUUGUGGAGGUGUUGCAAAGACAUUGUUAGUUCUUUAUAUCAGCAGAAAUGGUCAUAGUGUGGACUCCCCAUCAUGUCUGGAGAGAUGUACUGUUGAAGAGCGUACAGUCACAAGAUGGAAGCCAGAACAAUGCCGUGAUGAUGAUAGAUUAGUUGAAAGUGAGAACGAAACCAAAUUGAAGCAACUUGGUGCCAAUAUAUUCUCCUGCUGUACUCACUCUACUGGCUCAGAACCUCUUGACAUAGAUGAUUCUGAACAUAUCUUGAAUGAUGAUGAGCUCUCUCUCAACACUAUGGCAGAAGAUGGAAGGGAUGAGGAGGUAGCUGAAAAAUUAACGAUUAUGCAUGAAGAAUGUUUAGAUGAAGAGUAUACCAAUGACUAUGAUGAAGAAGAAGAAGAAGAGGAAAACCACUAUGCUUCUCGUGCCACAUCCAAGAUGCAACCCAGGAGGUCUAGUGUAUCCAAGGCUUACUGGGAUGAUGAGAUGGGCAUGGCUGUCGUAUUUCCAAAGGGUAGAAUUUGGAGGACCAUGGGAAUCUCUCGUAAUGGCAAGCUCUAUAUCUCCAUUGAGGAAGUUUUGUAUUUGGUUGAAAUAGGGGCUUUGCUUCUCUUGGAUGGUAGUGAUACUAGCAUUUCCUUGGAAGAUAUAUAUACGAAGGUUUCAGAUGGAAAGAAUGAGUUCUUGUUGGAGGAAUUUAGAGCUUAUAGGCAACUCAGAUACCUUGGUUACAUUGUUGCGAGACAUGGUAUUCCUUGGUCUAGGAAGGGUGUCAAGACAAACUGUGAAUCUGUUUCUUCUCAAGUUUGUCCUGAAGCUGAAGAGAUUAGGUCUCUCAAUGGAUUGUUCAAUGGGAUACAGAUUAAUGAAGUGAGGGCAGUUUUUGAUAUUUAUCUUCCAAACAGCAAGUUCAAGAAAUCCUCUCCCGGUGAUCCAAAUUUUGUGCUCUGUUUUACUAGCACAUUCCUGGUCUGUGUAGUCCGAAUAAUUAACAGGGGCCAUCCACCUUCCAAACCAGACCUUGAAGCCCUUGAGAGACAAUUUGGUAGCACUGCUUUGAAGUUUUGUCAUGUGGAGGAAGAUUGUGUGAGUUUCUAUUCCUUUGACAAAGUGGAACUUCAUGUCGUCUCAUGUCAUCUGCAAAAAUUUCGACAUCCCUCUCUAAACUAAGAGAAUACCUUAUUAUAGUUUGAAGUUACUUCACUGUUGAACAACUUGUUUAAAUUUGAAAUCCUCACACUCAGUUAUGAAGUUUUUGGAUAUGGAAUCGAUUAUUAAGGGUAAGGUAGACAAUUCUUGUCCAAAUAGUGCCAGAUAUGAAAGAAAGAAGCUUUUGGUA